UCUCGACACCCAGCUUUCCUUGUGCCAAAUUAGAGAUGAUAAACAUAAAGAAAACCGUGAGGUCCUAUAGUAGUCAGUCAUCCCAUGGCUCAUUUGGAUCCAUCUCUAGUGGAGCGACAGGUGUGGUUGGGGGGUUCAAGGUUGUUGGAUACAAAUCAGGUUCUGGGAUAUAUGGAGGUGCAGGUAGAGUGGAGUUUGGAUAUGGUGUAGGGAUGGGCUCAAGACCAGGUUGGGGUUCUGCUCCAACUGUUUGCCCACAAAUAACAGCUGUAAAGGUCAAUGAAAGUCUCCUUGCACCUCUGAACCUUGAGAUUGAUCCCAGCAUCCAUGCCAUCAGGACGCAUGAGAAAGAAGAGAUCAAGACCCUCAACAACCGCUUUGCGUCAUUGAUUGACAAAGUGCGUUUUUUGGAGCAGCAGAACAAAAUGCUGGAGACCAAAUGGUCCCUUCUGCAGGACAAGACCAACAGCCGAUCCAGCAUUGAUGUCAUGUUUGAGAACUACAUCGCUGGCAUGCGCAGACAGCUGGAAGGUCGGGGUUAUGAGAAGCACCGCCUGGAGACUGGCUUACGUGAUAUGAACAGCCUGGUUGAGGACUUCAAGAGCAAGUACGAAGAGGAAAUUAACCAACGUAACGAGAGCGAAAAUGGAUUUGUGCUCCUGAAAAAGGAUGCUGACAUUGCAUACUUGAAUAAAGUGGAGCUGGAAUGCAAAAUGAAUAACUUAACAAAAGAGGUCUACCAUCUUAGCCAUAUUUAUGAUGAGGAACUUCAUGAGCUCCAGUGUCAGAUCAAGGAUACAUCAGUUGUUGUAGAGAUGGAUAACAGGAGAGAUUUGGACAUGGAUGCGAUUGUGGCUGAAGUUCGUGCCCAGUAUGAGGAGAUUUCCAACCGUAACCGUAUUGAGGCUGAGAGCUGGUACAAACUAAAGUUCGAAGAAAUGCAGUCGUCGGCCACCAAACAUGGAGAUGACCUAAAAAGUUCCAAAGCUGAGAUUUCUGAGUACAAGCGCAAUAUUUCUCGCAUACAAUCUGAGAUGGAAAUGAUCAAAGGGCAGCAUGCAAACCAUCAAACUCAGAUGGCUGAUGCAGUGAAGCGUGGUGAAGUGGCUGUGAGUGAGGCAAAGCUUCGUGUCCAGGAGCUUGAGGCGGCUCUGCUGAGAGCGAAAAAGGAUAUGGCCCGUCAGGUGCGCGAGUACCAGUCAUUGAUGAACAUUAAACUGGCCCUGGACAUUGAGAUUGCCACCUAUAAGAAACUCCUGGAAGGAGAGGAGAGCAGAUUGUUCAAUCGAUUUCAGACAUUCUCCGUCUCUAAACAGAACUCCUUCAACUAUGACCUUGAAGGCAGCCACCUUACAAGAGCCUCAUCUCAAAGCGCUGGAAAAGAUGUUCCUGACACAAGUCUGGUUAAUCAGGAAAUCGUGGUUGCCAAGGGUGACAGUGGCUUGGUCAGCAGCACUGCCACUGUUACAAAAAGCACAAAGACCACCAUCAUCACCAGUGAGACAGAAAAGAAACUUGUUGCUUCCGAAGGACACGUGGAAGUCAUGCAUAAGUCUAUAGGUGUGCAUGAGAAUGUUUCUAAAUAACUGUGAAGGACUUACACUUGUAUUCACCGGGCACAUAACAACCAUUUGCAUGUGGGUGUUUCCCACAUCCUUCAAAAUAGAAUAAGGGCACAGGACAGUAUCCUCUGUUGGACUGAGUACAAAGAUAAUUCCUUAAUUAUAGUUUGUGGGUUUUAGCUAUCAGAGGAGACAACAAUUAACAGUCUACAGUGACCAAUCAAAAACCUUCAUACGCUUCCCUGUUUUCUACCGUUUUCCAUGAAAGUAUAGUGAAAAAACGGAUUUAUCUUGAAUUUGUUUUUUGAUUUUAAUUUUCAAGCCUUAAGCUUACUAAACUGUGCUAUCAGUAUGUGUAGCCUAGAGGAUGCUUGGAAAGAUAUCAGUUUUUUCUCUGUCAAACCUGUAUUUCUUUGUUAUUCUGAGUUUACCCUAAGAAAUUCAAAUUUUAACAAAUUAGUAUUUGCUCAUGGCUGAUAUUUCACACAUGCUGGGCCUCUACAACAUUUAGUGUAUUUUAUAGUUAAAAUACUGAUUCAGAAGAUGUAUAGUUCUACAAAUGGAGCAGAAAAAGAUUCAUUUAUAAAAACCAUAUUUCUCAUACGAUGUAGAAUAUGAUGUCACUUUACUUUUCAGUUAAGUUUUUUCUUUCUACAGUCAGUCAGGGCUGGGUAGUAACGGAUUACUUGAAAUUUGGAUUACGUAAUCACAUUCCAAAAAAUUUGCAAAACUGUGUGUAGGUGUCAUUUGUAAUCCAGUCUUUCUAUUGUGAACAUUUACAUUUGCUAUAAAAAAAAUGUUAUUAAUCUGGCUAUAAUAUAUGCAGGUAUUUAUGAAUCUAAAUUAUGAAGACGAAAUCUUAUGGUUUAGAAGAAGAGUAAGUUUAUUGUCAAAUGGUCGUCUGAAUACUUUUUGUUUUGCCCAUCACUGCAUGAAUAUUACAACCAUUUACAUUGAUUUGGUAUUUACUCUUGAUUUCUACGCUGUAAGGUCUUUUUUCUAUUCUUCAACCAUUUUUAUUAUAACUACUUGUAUUGCAGUCAUCAAGUAUA